UCCCUCCCCGUACAGAGGGCGUACUUGACUUUGUACGUAUGAUAAAGUUGAGGUUAAGAAGAGCGGCAACUGCUGUAUUUAUUUUGCUUUUUCACCUAAUAGAUGUCCCAAACUAGCAUUAACUUCGGAGUUGGGAAACUUAGCAGUACUCAUCUCAUUCACCCCUACUUUCUUUGACAAACGUCGAAGGAGUUAAAUACGCAGAUUUGUUUUUGCUCAAGACGAAAGGGAUCAUUAAAGUCUUGACUCAGUCAAUCAACUCAUCUGUAUUGUGUCUGAAGUACCUAUGGGGAGAGUCAUGAUGUUUCGUUACGUGAAUAACCCCCGGCGGCUGUUUUUCUUCGUGAUUGUAUCCUUUUGUUUGUAUGGAGUCUUUCAAAUAAUUCGAACAGUCAUGGAUAACAGUUUAGAAGAUCUUGAUCGAGCACAACAGCUAAAAGAGAUGUUAGGAGAAUUCAGCCGUGCAGUGAAGAUGGACGUUAAAAACGUUGGACAAGUGUGUAGACAUCCAGUUUUGCCAGUGCAUGCUCCAGAAAUGAUGAAAUUUAUCAAAGAUAUUGAUAAAUUCCAUUGUGAUUCUGAAAAAGAUUGGGUGGAAGUUAAUGGAUCAACAGCUUUUAUAACCGAUGAAGCUAAAACUUUACAUGGGGAAAUUGAAUGUACCUUCACAGACAUUCAUCGAAACAAUGAAUACACCACUGGUGAUGGACUGACAACGUCAACCCACCAUCAAUAUAAUCUUGAAGCGAGUGAUUUUGUGAAGGUUUACUGCAAAUCUGAAAGUGGAAAUUACUGGAACAGUAUUUUGGCUGGCAUUCGCCAUGGCGAGGAGAUAGUAGAUCGCAUUGGAUGGGAUCAAGUACCUGCUGAUGGCCUAGGUCUGAGUGUUGUCAUGUGGGGUAUGGAUUCCAUCUCUAGGAACAAUUUCAUUCGGAAACUACCACGGACACACAAGUUUCUCACGGAAACUUUAGGUGCUCUUGUCCUUGAGGGUUAUAAUAUUGUAGGGGAUGGAACACCUCAAGCCCUUAUCCCAAUUUUAACAGGGUCAACUGAGUUAGAGCUCCCAGAAACAAGGAAGAGGAAAGGAUCAAGGGCAACAUAUGUAGAUGCGUACCCAUUUAUUUGGAACGAUUUUAAGUCAAAUGGUUAUGUGACAGGAUAUGUGGAAGAUCAGCCAGAGAUUGGGACUUUUACCUACCGCCUCAAAGGGUUCAAUAAACCCCCUGUCGAUCACUAUGGAAGGUCGUUUUAUUUGGCUGCUGAGUCUCAUUGGCGAAAUGAAAAGAAAUGCCUUGGCUCCCAAGAAUGCCACAAGAUAAUGUUAGAUUACACAAAAAAUCUCAUGUCAGUCUAUCGAGACAAACCACACUUUAUGUUAUCUUUUCUUGCUCAAUUAUCUCAUGAUAAUGUAAACCUUGUGGGGACUAUGGAUGAGGAUCUCCAUGCAUGGCUCGUUAAUGUUCAUGAAAGAGGAUUUCUGAACAAUACUCUUCUAAUAGUAUUCAGUGAUCAUGGGCCUAGGUUUGCAGACAUUCGUCAGACGAUUCAAGGAAAGCAGGAAGAGAGACUCCCAUUCUUUUCUUUCACUUUUCCUCCAUGGUUUAAACAAAAACAUCCUGAGGCUUAUUCAAAUUUUGUUGCUAAUACAAAGCGGUUAUCUUCGCCGUUUGAUAUCUAUGCUACUCUCAAGCAUGUCAUUCACUUCCCAUCCAAAUUAGAAGAGAAUGAUUUGAAGAAUCGAAGUAUGAGUCUUUUCAACAAGAUUCCUCUUGCAAGAUCAUGUGCCCAUGCACAUAUUGAAGCACAUUGGUGUGCAUGCCUUGAUUGGGAUGUAGUAAACCAUAAUGAUCGUGUCAUACAGGAAGGUGCCAAUGAAUUUGUCAGGUUCCUAAACAACUUUACCCAACCACAGAGGAAAUUGUGUGCCGACCUUUCAUUGGAUGAAAUAAUUUGGUCCGCAAGAUUACGCCCAAAUCAAAAACUUUUAGCCUUUCAUCAUUCGUCUGACCCUGAUGGUUUCAAGCCUGAUUUAUCUGGUUCUCAGCGAGCCAACACUGAAAUGUUACAGAUCAAGCUAAGAACUAAACCAGGAAAUGGACUAUAUGAAGUGUCAAUGUCCCAUAACUUAGUAACUGGAUAUUACACCAUUAGGAUUCAAGACGUUAGUCGCAUCAACAAAUACGGAUCAGCAGCCCAUUGCAUUAUGCAGACAAAUCAAGACCUAAGAAAGUACUGUUUCUGUAAGGAUCCUCCAGCCACGUUUUAAAUUGUCUAGUUGUAGCUUUAAAUCCACAUAUCUCGCUAACUUUUCCAAGUAAAAAGACAAAUUGAAGUAGCUCACUUGAAUUUACUAUCUUGUGAGUGGAUAAGCUGUUUAAAAUGCAUCAUCUUCAUAAAUGUUCUUCUUAGUUUAUAAUCUGGAUAAAUUAAGACAUCUAUAUGCUGGGUGAGUUGAAGAAAUAACUUUUUAAAGCAAUCUACAAAGGCAAACCUGUCCUGUAUCAUAUUUACGCAAUUAUUAGCUCACCUUUCCUUUUUUAUAAUUUUUGUGGCUUUGGAACGUGGGUGUUCUUUCCAUGUAAUCAAGGUACGUUUCUGCAGAAGUUCUUUCCUAUGGGUCCUCUUUCCUUCACUUUUGUGCUGCACGUGUGCUGCCAUGUAUUCUUUAAAUUCUGAUUCGCACCCUUUCUUUCAAAAUUGUAACCAUAUAAUUUCUUUUUGUAAAAUUCGGAUUGUGGCUCAGAAUUGAGAAUUGGGUACCCAUUUAGUUGGGGUCUCACAUGAGUCUUUCUUAUGACUCCUGUAAAAUUUGGGGUGUGACUUAAAAUAGUAUAAUUGCGAUAUUGUGGAAAUAAAUGUUUCACAUGUGAGUUGCAGUGUAGGUUUCAAAAGAAAGAAGCCUCUCUGUUACUUAAUUGAAAACCAACAGUUUUAGAAGAGUACAAUGUUGAAUAUUUGUUGAAAUAACUAAAAAAUUAGUAAGUUACACACUGAUUAAAAGGGGCUCUUUAGUUUGUCUGUGAUCUUGAAGUUAAAUACUACUUCAAAGCUGUGUAUGUUACAGAUUAUAUGCAUACUUUCAUUCAAUGACUUUGAAUGUACUCAAGCAGUGGCGUUGUAGGUAGAGUUCCCUUCUAUACCUCAAGUUAUUGAUGCUCUGCUACCGUAAUGCAGAGAUCUUGGUUAUCAACAGCACUAGUCAUAAUGAACAAGAGACACAGACUUGUGGGCAACAUACACGAGUGUUUUUUUUCUUAAAGUGAGAGAGUGUGAAUGACAACAUAGUGGCUUGCAAGCCACAAAGCCGUGACCCCUGCUAUAAAUGUAUUUCUGUGAUUUGAUAGAUUCAGUAGUCAUAGAGGAUUUGUAAUAGUACUUUAAAAAUAAGUAUUUUUUAUCUUUCAGGACCUUAUGUAUUUCAAUUCUUAGCAGAAUUUUGACGUAGUUAAAUCUAUCUGAUUAAAUAUUGUUGAAAAUGUAUGUUACGGUAAGCAUUAUUAUAAGAAAGAAUCACACUUGUUGUAAUUUCUCUUCUUAAUUUCGUGAUAUAUGCACUAAAGUGUAGCAUUUAGUAGUAACGUAAGUAUCGGUACUAUUAAAAUUAGGUACCUAUCAAAGGGGUUUAGGAUAGCUCUGCAAAGGCAAGUUUUAUAUUUGAGUGGAAGAAAACAUGUCCUAGUAUGCUUGUUGGUUGGUAUGUCUGAUCCAUCAACUUUCACAGUAUUUACUUGCCUAUCAUAUUUAUGAACCUCAUCUGGUAGCUGCUCCUUAAAGAUUGUUAUCCUGUGAAUAAAAUUGAGAAUUAAAGACUAUAGUGGACAUAUUCUGAGAAACAAGUAUGAAAACUAAGUUUAUUAUGACUUCAAUAGAUGUUACAGUAUUGCAGUUGAAAAGUCCCUCUCUUGUCAUGAGAAAGCAGUUUUAAUAAAUCUGACAGUGAGUUUGUUAAUAUUUUCAAGUACUUAAUUGUCGUAUUACAUUUUCUAUGUUAGAUAUCAAGUUAAUUGCACUGUUAACGUUCCUGAAAUGCCUUAUUUGCCUUAAUGCAGAAAUAAUCAUUACAAAGUAUUGUUCUAGGUUCUAUAGGACAGAGUAAGUCCUAUACCCAAUUAGUCAAGGGAUAGGGAACAAAAGCUGGUUCUGGUUUAUUCAAGAUUUGAGUGAUGUCCAGUAACCACAGAUAGUGAUGUGCCUGUGAUUGUCAAAAUUCUAGCCAUUACUUAUAUGCCCAUCAAUUCUUUAGUGUUAACAUCCAGUUUAGGUCCUAAUUAACUCUUUAAGUGUGGUAUCCCAGAGAACACGAAAAUGUCACAAAUAGGUCAUUCUCGGUCAUUUGACGUCAAAAUGACCGAGUUUUGGCCUAAAUUUUGACCUUUCUUGUGACCAAAUUAGUCCUUUUGAUGUCAAUAUGACGUCCUCGUGAGUUUUUCGUGUUUAUUGGGAUACUGUAUUUUGGGCAGUGUGCUCUGCAGAGCAGCCAAGAAGAAUUUUGAAAGUAAUUUAUGUGUGCCAAGUACAACGUAGGUACCUCAUUUCAUUUCAAAAUGAUUAUUCUAAAUUCCAUUAAAUUCAGUUUCACAUUUGGGACUAGCAUUAACCUGUAUUUUUAUAUUAGUAUAAUGCUGUAGAGUCAUGUUGAGUAAUAAAUACACUGGGUAAAAAUUGCCAAUCCCAAUUUAAGCCAGUGCUUGCUUUCAGAGCCUUGAAAUUAAGGUUCAACCGUCUUGCAGAUGAGCCUGCUAGCUUAAACACCUCACCAUCAAGAAUUUUUAAUUUAAAAGUGUAUUGUGCAUUUUUUACUUGACGUGACUCCACUAUGAAGUUUGCUUAGAUCAAAAUAUUUUAAGAAGCCACAGAUCAAUGUAACUUUUGUCCAGUCAUUUUCUUUUUUAAUGCAAGAUGUUUUCAAAAGCGUUGAGUUGAUUGAUUGUUCUCAGUUUUUGUUCAGUUAAAUGCACAUUGCUCCUCUCAGACUACGUAGCUAUCAACUACUGUUUGUGGGACCAAUCACUAGAGGAGUUGAGUUUAUGUGAUUUGCUAUGUUUGAAGGACACACAAUUACUGUAAAGGAAAUAUGUACAUUAAAGAAACUUAUAAUGCAUUUUAUCUACAUCAUCAAGAGACUGAGUUUUGUGUCAUGCCACGACUGCUAAGGUUCUGUGCUUAUACCUGUAUCAUGUUACUGAAAAUUUCAUGCUCAAAAUUAUCCAAAGCUUAUUCCCAUUCUAGUCUUUGUGAAACUUAUCAGCCAUCUUUGUCAAACCUUGUAACAUUUUUGGGGGAGUUGAGUUUGGUGCUGUUAUAUAGUGUCGACUUUGUACUGUAAUGUGCUCCAGUGAUUUGUCUUAAAAUCAUUUGUAUUGUAUGGUUCGGAUAUUUUUUCCGCUACCUCUGGUGAUUUUUGUCACCAUUUUGUGUGUGCUUGAUCACAUUAUUGCAACAUCAUCUUUCAAGACAAUUGCAUUUUAUGUAGACGUCUCUCUUAGCAAUCAUAAUUUGUCCAUAUUGUUCAAUAAAAUUUUUAUUGGA